AUGCGAAGAUCUACGCCAACCUUUCCGGUUGCCGUCGGAAGUGGUAGUAUCUGUGCGGUGCUACCGCCGUCCGAUCAUUACGAAUCGGUGGCGAGUGACGCCAAUCGCCAGCUGAAGCGAAAGCAUAGCGAGGAACCGUAUGAAUCCAGCAGCCACUAUCAAACAGCGGGCCAAUCGAUAAACAAAGUUCGCAAGGACGGCGACCCUCUUCACCUACCGGAGGUGGACCACUUUCACGUGUACGGUCAGGCUUUUCACGAGCCUACGAGUGAAUUUCAAGUCGUAGCUGCCAGCGACGGGAACAACAACCAGCAGGACACCCAACAUCAGUUGAGCUACAUUUAUGAAGUGCCUAGUGGAAACAGUGUACCCGUGGUUCCGGUUCCGCACUCGCAGAUCAUGCCGCAGGACAUUACCACAUCCAGUAAUGGGAUUGUUCUGACGGACAUUAGCUCAUCCACCUGGACCAGUACCCAGGAGUUGCUAGAUUUGGACCGCAAGCCGCCGGCACUGACAAUUCAAACCGAUAGUCAUCAUAGUUUCCCGAUUGUUAGUGGCGAUCUUCAUCAUCAUCAUCAUAACCUGCAGCAGCAACAUCAUCAUCAUCAUCAUCAUCACAAUAAUCAUCAUUUGCAUCAUCAAGUUCGGUUCCACGAUCAGCUUAACCCGUACGGAAAUGGUACGCCAAAGUCGCAGGAGCUGACAAUCGUGACAGCCAAUAGCAACAACAACAACAACAACAACAUCAGCAGCAGCAGCGGUAGCACCGGCGGUGCCGGAAUGGACACCAGCACGCACAGGGCACCCCCAUCGGCUACGCCGGAAACCCCGGAGGACAUCGAGGACAAAAACCUGUCGUGGUUGUUCAACUUCAAGCUGGAGGAUUUGCCUCACCUUUCGCCGGAGGCAAAGCGAAAGCAGGGACCGAAAAAUGUGACCAACUCCGGACAAACCGCCACGGUGACCGCUGCCACCUUGGGGUCGGCCCCGGCGCUGCACGUUCCGCUGGUCGAUUCGGAACUGGCUGCACUUGAUCCGGCAGCGAUAGCGACCGCCAUCGAAGAGGACGAUAUGAAUGUGGCCGAGAAUGUGACCAUCGAGAAUAGCACCGUCACCAAAGUCACCAAAAAGCCCCCAUUCACGUAUACUGAACUGAUCGAGUAUGCACUCGAGGACAAGGGCGAACUGACGGUUUCCGGAAUUUACCAGUGGAUUUCAGACCAUUUUCCGUUCUACAAGUCCAACGACGAUCGGUGGAAGAACUCCGUCCGGCACAACCUGUCAAUCAACCCUCACUUUCGCAAGGGCAAUAAAGCGCCGCAAGGUGCCGGUCACCUGUGGACAAUAUCCAGUCGGGAUUCGGAAGCCAAUUUUCUUGCCUGGGAACAUAAACGCCAACGAUUGGAGCUGUUCUUCAAGAUGGAGGCAGCCAACGCCAAAAAUGCUCGCGAGCAACCGCCGGGUUCACCCAGCCAGGAUGAGAUUGCGGCAGCCACCGCCAGCUUAGCGCAGUACGAACCGCACUCACCCGAGCAACGAUCGGCUUCGGAGUCCAUUGACUUCCGCAACCCGCAACCGGGCACGUCCAGCCAGCAUCACCCACAACUGGGCCAACCGCAGCCACCGUACGCCAACGUUGCGAACAAUCAAUUCGAAGUGGUCCAGGGUGACGAGCUGAAACGGUCCGCCGGUGAGAUCCUGAACGGGAUUCGUCGAAACGUGGAAGUUCAAAUUGUGCAUCCGAUCAAUUCGAACAAUUUUCAGGCCUACGCCCUGCUGGAUUCAGAUUACUACCUGGCGGACUAUCUGAACCCGGUUUCGAAGGAGGAAAUAGUGCAGGAGUGUGGCCUGCGGUCGGCUUCCGGGCACCGCACGGAUGCGGCUCCCGGGGCGGACUACUACAUCACAACCAUCGAUCCGAUCGAGCUCGGCAUCAACAUGAGCUCCGGCCAGGAUGAGGAUCAGAUUCUCUUCGAGGAUGACUUUAAUCUCAACUACUUCGGUAAUAAUAUUAUGACUUGA